AUGAUCAAGAGAUUUAUAAAUACAGAUUAACUUAAGGUGAAAAUAAAUUUGGUAGCGAUUCAAAAUUGUGCAAAUUUGUUAUCCGAAAUGUUUAAAAUGUACUUUUUUCAAUAGUAAAUACACUUAAUUUAAAAUAUAGGCUAUGAUUAAUAAUGAUGUAUAUCUCACUCAUUUUAGUGACACUUUCAAUGUAUUUAAAGAUUCUACACUGAAACCAUAUUCCAAAGUAGAAAUUCCAAAAAACUUUCUUAUUGAAAUGUUUCCAACCAAAAAUUACUACUUUUAAAACUAUAAAUUUAAACUUCUUGAAACCCAUCAAUCUUUUCAAUAAAAAGAUAACUAUCAUUUUUAAAUCACUUAAAAUCUUGAACAAUUUCCAGGAACUAUGCCAUUAGAAGACAUACUUCAAAUUCCAUAAUAACCUCCUAUUAUAUAAACAACAUAAUAAUCUAUAAAUACAUAGGUAUUAAACACAUAAGACCCUUGCUAAUCUACAUUAAUUAUUGAAGAACCAGAUUAAUAAGAAAUAUUCACAUUAAAUGAACUCAUUGUUUAGUAUUCAAAUAUGAGAUUAAUGAAUUAAUAAGCAUCUAAUAUUAAACAAGAGAUGGCCACAUAAACAGAACCAUUUGAAAAAGAACAUCUUCAAAUUUAAAAAAAAGGAACACUUUUUAGUGACUUAUUUAAAAUUAAAAAAUAACAGCAAAAUACUACAAAUGUUAUUCCAAAAAUUUAAGUUUCUCAAAAUUAAAUAAUUGAUUCUACAGUUAUUGAUUCUUAAUUAUUAGGAGCUACAGUAAAUGAUGAUGAAUAAUAAAAUUUCUUUGAAAAAAAAGAUGAAAUAAAAGGAACUGUGAUUGAUGAAGAAUUAGAAAAGGCUUUUUCAUCAUAAGUCAAUAAAGAUGAAUAAAAAUCAUAGAUUUCUCCAUUCAAAAGAAUAAAUAGUUUAUAAUCAGAAUAAAAUUAUAAUACAUCCCCUAAAAUAGAAAUCUAAUCAAAUAUUGAAUUAAAUGAUAUUUUUGGUAGUUUACCAGAAUUACCUAAUUAAAAUAUAAUCUAACCUGUUAUUAAAAGAUUUUAAUCACUAAAAUCUAAUCUAUUUAGUAUGAAGACUGAUGAAAUUUAAGAAGAAAGAAAUCCAUCUCAAUAAGAAGAAACUCUUAAGAAAUUUAAAUAAUAAGAGAAUAAAGAUAUUGAAAAUAAAAAAAAGAAAGAAAAGAAAAAAAAAGAGGUAACAAAGAAAGUUGGAAUGUUAAAAAAAAUCACUGAUGAAAUUAGCAAUAAUUCGAAAUCAGAAUUAGAAGAAGAAAAAAUCAAACCUAAAGAAUAAUAAUAUUUGCCUCGAUAAUCGAAUUCAAUGGAAUUACCAAAUACAAAAAUAUUAGAAGAAAAGGCCUCUAAUAUUGUACCAAAGAAAAGAAAAGGUCUAAGGAAAAAAAGAUUGAUCAACAAUGAUAAAUAAUUUUAUACUAUUGCUUUCAGUGGAUUUUAGGAAGAUUAAAUUCCUUCAGAAAAAGAUUUAAUAAAACUAAAUCUUGAGUUAGUGGAGACAUAAUUUGAGAAAUUUGAUUUAUUGAUAAUAAGCACUCCUUUUAAAAGAACAUUUAAAUUUUUGGCAGCUCUCAUGCAUGGAGCUGAAAUAGUCACUUUUGAUUGGCUAAAAGAUUCAAUUGCAUAAAAUGAAUAAUUAAAUCAUUAAGAUUAUAUACCUGAGAGUGAAGAUUUUGAAAAAUAAUUUGGAUUGAGCAUUAAAUAAAUAAUUUAAAGUAGAGAUGAUUAUUUUGAAAGCAAUGAUAAUAUUAUUUAAAUUUUUGAAGGCAAAUAUUAUGUAGAUGAAGACGUAAUUCCUUCAAAAGCUGAGAUUGAAUAUUUGAUUAAAAUUGGAGGAGGAAAUGUAGUUAGAAAAGCAACAAAAAAUGUUUAUAUAAUAGGUGAAAGCAAGAAACCUAAUACUUAUACAUCAGAUUUCAUUUUAGAUGCAUGUAUGUUUUAUUAGUGA